CGUGCCAUGAUUUGACUUAUGUGUGACACCGUCUGAAUAACUUUCCAUAAGAAACGUUAUGUAAAUCAUCCACAAUACAAUGAGACGCGAGGAAACCUAAAGAAAUCUGUACAAUCGCGUAUUUGCAUCCACAUACCGAAUAAUGCAAAGCACUAACACCGCAAAGCACCGGUCUGCGAUACAAAGCAGAGAACAUCCAGAUUGCAGGAUGACGAGCUUCAGGGAAGGCGCGCAAACGAUCUACGGGUUGCUGCUGUUCGUCGGCAUGGCGAUCGUUUAUUUCACCGAAACGGUGCUGCUGACUUUAACGCCUCGUCGAUACCGAGCCAAAUCGAUCAAGGGUGAGAUCGCCCUCGUCACCGGUGGGGCAAGCGGGAUCGGCAGGCUGAUUGCGAUCAAACUCGCCAAACUCGGUGCGCACGUGAUUAUCUGGGACAUCAACAAAAGUGGUCUCGCCGAGAUCGCGGAGGAAAUCAAGAGAGCCGGUGGCAAGUGCUGCUCGUAUUACUGCGAUAUCACUAACAAGGAGGAAGUUUAUCGCACCGCGAAAGCGGUGCAGAUCGAGGUCGGAAACGUCAGCCUACUCGUGAAUAACGCUGGAUAUGUGUACGGAAAGACUUUCAUGGAGCUGCCCGAUCACGAGAUCGAACGGACGUUUAAAGUGAACGUUUUGUCGCACUACUGGAUUACGAAAUCAUUCUUGAAAGACAUGAUGAAGAACAAUAACGGCCACAUCGUCACGAUAGCGAGCGUCGCCGGGCUCAUGGGGAUUUACAAUUGCACCGAUUAUUCCGCAACAAAGUCCGCCGCUAUCGGAUGCCAUGAAAGCCUCUUCACCGAGCUUAAGAUACAUGGGUACGAUGGAAUUCAUAUGACUCUGGUUUGCCCAUAUCUUAUAAACACUGGAAUGUUCCAUGGAGUGAAACCCAGAUUUAUGCCGAUGCUUGAACCAGAAUAUGUCGCCGAGGAAGUGGUCGCUGGUUUAUUAACGAACGAAAUGUUGAUAAUAUUACCUAAAAUCCUAAGAUUCUUGCUGCCGUUCAAAUGUUUACUACCAGCAAAAAUGUGCUGGGCGUUGAUGUAUCACAUCCUAAAAGGACCGCAGACCAUGAUGACGCUCAAAUGUCGCAACUCGAUGGAAACUACGAACGAUAUAAGUGAAACUAACGAAGCGAUAGAUGCGUUGAAACUCCACUAGACCGAGACUAGAAAAUUGCGUGAAAAUCGUGUGAUAUAUUUCUUAAGAUAAGCCUACGAGCAUAGGUACAAUGUACAACAAUAGACUUAAAAAAUGUUGGAACAU